CGCUGUAGCCUUCUAGUACCUUUUCUUCCACAUCUGACCAGCCUAUACUAACAGCACUUGCGUAAUAGCGAAAUAUUGAUUGUUUCUUUUUUUGCUAUCAUCGAGAUGCCUAGCCAAAUUGUCCACCCACCCAGCGUCGGUGCAUACAUGGACCAGCUACAAGCGCUUGGUCGCAGCAUUGAUAGCCCAACAUCCACAAUGGAUGACGAGUACUAUAAGCUCAUUGCGUUUUCCAACCAAAACCCAGACAAGCGCGUCUACAUACCAGACAUCGUUUUUCGGUACCUCUUUUUGCAGUGUGAUGUCGACUGCUCGUGCGCAAAAAAGUCGUGUUCACUCAGUCACAAAAGACGGUGGCGGACAAACUACCAUUUCCUGCGCAAUCUUGGCAAGCUGCACCUUGUCACUGACCUGCACAUCGUGCUGUCCAACCAUAGCGCCCUCGCUCUCGACCUCGUGGAGGUCUUCACACAGCUCAGCAUUGAAAGCGUACCGCUGACUAGCAUCCGGUCGAUUAUUUUUGUCGGGCCGGGUAUUAAGUACGCCGGAGCUGUCCAAAACACAAGCGAGUGGGCAGCUACAGCAGGCAGGGACUUUGUGCUUAUCCGCAGCCUCUACCCUAAUAUCACGAUGCUCGGGUGUCUACCAGACGCGUGCUUGGAGGAGAGUCCGAGCCAUCUGCUGCCAACGCGCACACCCGGCAUCCAGCUGCUGACGAUGCUGACCGAAUACUACCUCGGCCACCUUACCACCGCACAAGCAACGUUUACGUUCCCGACCACUACAGGAUUGCACUUUUGCGAGAACCUAACGACGCUGUCGAUCCACCACCGGUUCGUGCGCACGCUCGCCGCGUUCCCGCAAGUGCCGGUAGAGCAUCUGCACACGCUGAAUGUCCUGAAAAUCGACAAGUUUAUUGCGUGGGAGAUGUUUGUCAGUGCUAAGCGGCGGGUGCGUUUUCCCAGGGUCGAGAAUCUGGGGUUCGAAUUUCUCAAGCCAGACGGCAAGCAGCGGCCGCCAACCGGGUACGACUACAGCGUGUCGUUCCCAGCCGUCAAGCUCGUCAAGAUCAGGGGCCUGGCCUACUCGAGCGUUAACUUCCCGAUUCUGUUCCCAGGCUUCUCCAUCAACGUCCUGCAUCUGGCCGACAGCCCGUACAGAAUUAGCCCAACCGAGAUGCGCACGUUCAGAUGUGCCAUCAACCUGGAGAUUGCGUCGCCGGAGGGGCAUCCCGAGAGGCCGUAUGAGAUGGACGGUUUUAACCGCCUGUUCAGGACACGGACUUCGGUGAUGGGCUUGACUGUCAAGGGCCCGGGGUUCCUGGUCCCGACGGUUGUCAACUGGGGGGACCUUCAGGGCCUGUAUUUCAAGGCCGGUAUCGCCGACAGGCAGACACUGGCGAACCUCAUCAAGCAGCUGAAGCAGCUGAAGACGCUGGUGGUCUCGUGCUACUCGAUGCUGCGUGCCGACGGAGACGUGGACAAGGCGGCAGCCGUAUGCAAUAUCAAACGCGAGCAGGUGUGGGCUAAUCUCAGCAAGGUCGAUGAAAUGAUGGCCAGUGACAACAUCACGGCGCCCCUGAGCGCCAGCCUCAUACGCCUGGACAUCUCGGCAAGGUCAUACUUUGACUGGUUUGCCGUGCUCCAGCUUCUGGGCAGACUGCCAAUGGUGACGUCGGUAGGCGUCAACGAAGAGUUCGUGGCAAAGAUCGAUGCCUGGUUCAAGACGCUGUUUCAGGGCAGAACGCUGACUGUGCGCAAGUUCUCCGAUGACUCCAAGCUGGGCUGAAUGCUGCUGGGUUUGUAUCUACCAUGUUUUUUUCUGUAGGCUUAUUCUCUGUAAAUUUUUCCUAAUGGUGCCUGUCAAGCACAAAAGUCUGCUGUAGUAAACCUAUUCGAAAACAUCCCAGCAAUGCCGCCAACAGUUUUGGAUGUAUGUGGCUCAGGGCUUGGGAAUACGCAGGCGCCGGCUAAUCAUCAGGGUGCCGCUGAUUCCGUACAUAAGCACCAGCGGAUGGAACUCGUAGCCCGGAAGUAUCGAGAUCUCACCGCCCCACACAAACUCUGGCGUAAACGCCUGGCUGAAC